GUAAAGACCUGCAUUGCUUAACAGGUUACAUUAAAAUUAGAAUGGAUAGAAAUGCUUUAUAACAACACUUAGGAGAUUUUCCGGUAACUGACAGCUCAAGAGAGUCUUAAAGAAAUAAAGCAGGGUUACAGAAAUGGCAAGUGUUGGCUGAUAAGCUGCAAUUUUGACGAGUGAUGAUCCAAGACCCAGGUAUAAUGAUGGAAUCCAAUCUAUCUAUGCUCUCAUCCUUGAAAGAGGACUUCAGCUCUGAGGAUUACAUCCUGCCACAUUAUAAGGAAGCUUAUAGGUUAGCCAUUGACUGUUUGGUCAAUGGUGGCAAACGCGACUAUCAGGAAUUCAUCCAAGCUGAGAAAAUCCUGAACUUCCUUUCUGAGGAUGAGAUUGACUUUAUAACACAAAGCACAGAACAGCUACCUGUCAGUGAACACAUAGAUGAUGUUGACUUUGCCAGGGAUGAUGACGCCUCCACAGGGACAUAUUGGCCCACAAAUUCAGAUACUCCUGCUCCAGACUUGGAUCUUGGUUGGCCAGAGGUCAUGCACAACAGAAUCCAGACCAACAUAGAGCUGCUUUAUCAUCCACCAAGGUUAAAUAGCCCCAACAUCAAGGAGGUAUUGAGGAAAAAUAUCCAACAAGCUAGACAGGUCAUUGCAAUUGCCAUGGAUGUGUUUACUGAUAUCGACAUUUUUAAAGAGGUAGUUGACGCCUCUAUCCGAGGGAUUCCUGUGUAUAUCCUUCUGGAUGACUUUCAUUUCAAAAGCUUUCUCGCUAUGGCUACAAACCUUGACAUCCAAAUUCAAAAACUCAGAAACAUGAGAGUGCGCACAGUGCAAGGUCAUGAGUAUGUUUGCAAAUCAGGAGCCAAGUUCCACGGAGGCAUGGGACAAAAAUUUGUCCUAGUUGACUGCCAAACAGUGUUUUUUGGAUCAUACAGUCUCAUGUGGUCCUGUGAAAAGAUCCAUCUGAAUAUGGUUCAAGUCAUAACAGGUGGGUUAGUGGAGUCUUACGAUGAAGAGUUCCGGACUCUUUAUGCCCGCUCCAAUAUCCCAGUUGAGUUCCAGUCCCAGGACAUCUUGCAAGACAGAAGGAUAAAUGGCAAAACUGAGAAUUACUUUGGUCAUCCCAUUAGAAACUUUGAAAGGAAGGAUCAUUUGAGGCAUACACUUGACUCUGUGUAUCGACAAACCUGUGAAAGACAAGCAGGCUUUAGGAGCACAGUGGAAGAUCUUCCUAUACCUCACCAUAGCAGAUUUCUUCAAGAUGCACUGGAGUUCAACAAGCGGCACAGUUAUGCAGGGGAGCGACGGGAGCCUUCGCACAUUAUUCAGCACCCUAGAUACGGCACCAGUAACUGGAAUGUCACAGAAGACGUUAGGCUUCAUGGGGGGAACUACCCUGCUGUUAUGGAGAACCCCUUUGAAAGCUCCAGAUUAAACCUAAUAAACAGGAGUAAUAACUUGCGCCAGUCCUACCAUGGUCAUGAUAAGCAGGUUCUCUCAAUGCAGCAAAACUUGCCAAGUUUGGCAAAUACCUCCAAAUCUUUUUUGCGCACAUGGAGGAUCGAAUCCUACCUCAAUAACUAUGAUGCCCCCAUUGGAGAAUCAUAUGAUUAUCUUGACCAAUACGAGAUGGAGAACAAACCUGUUCCUACAAUGCCUUCACGUCUAAGGUCAUCAUUGGUGUUCAGGUCGAUCAUCCCAGAGGAUUCAGAACCCAACAGUUACACUAAUGAUUCCUUAUCCUCUAAAUACCGCGAGGAUCAAUGUGGAAUACAGCCUGUUGCACAUUACUAUCCUUCAACACAAUGGAACCAAACAGAAUUAAUGGACAAUCGAAUCCAACCUGAUGACUUUAUGUUAAAGAGACGAAGUAUACAGGUCCCAGAACGCUCAGGAACCAGCUUAGGUUUUGGCUCAGGGAGAGAUUUAAUAUAUGCCAGCCUUGGCAGAGCUAAAAGUCGAUUUCAGGUAAAGGAACCUGAGCUCCCAAAAGACAACUUAUACAAAAGGCACAGUGUAGCAGACCCCAGACAUAAUACAUAUAAUAGUACCAACAAAGAGAAUCCCAGCCUCAUGUAUGAACAUCUAUAUAGAAAUCACACAGAAAAGGGUUCAGUGGUUGAGAAUUCAAAAAAUGGAGGGUAUCCCCAAAACCUUAAAGAAGACCAGAGAUCCAUCUCACAGUAUGACUUCCAAAAAGCUGAAAGCAAUGAUGUGCAGCGUACUAUUUGGCAAGAACCUCCCCUGAGAACCGUGUCAACAACAGUUCUAGAAGUGGAAGACAUUAACCAGAAUAAAUCCAAUGCAUCAUCGCCACAUUUCUUUAAAAAGAGCACCAAAAAAAUUAAAUCGCUUUUAAACAUUCCAGAGAAGCGGGACGGCUCACCAAAGAGAAAGCACAUGUCAAGCCUUAAAAUGGAUGGCAGCUGUGACACCAUUACUUCUGAAGACAAUGAAUACAAAACACAGUAUAAUGAGAGACAACACAACUCCACUACCACUUCUAUGAAAUCCACUGACAGCAAUAUGUCAAAAAGGGCAAAUGGAAGGAUCUCUGGAAAGGAGUUUGGCUUGACUGGAGAAUCAUCUGCUCCUCGUUUUAGUACAGAGAAGCUUCAUAGUGAUGGGUCUGUGAGAGCACAAGACCGGCUGCAUUCCAGCAGUCAGGACAAUAGAAAAAAUUUGUUACAGAGCUCCACCAGUCAGUGGCAGCGAGACCAAGUUGGAGCAAACCGGGCAUACAGUCGUUUUGAGCCACUUUGUUCCUUUGAGGCUAAACAAACCUCUGUAGUACAGGUAACCAAUGCAUCCAUAAAUAAAGCGGAGAGACACAGAAGCUCUUUCCAUACAAGAGGAAACUUAAGUGCUGAUCAGAGUAACCAUUUAGGUCAACAUAAUACCAAUCAUGAAAAUAAAUUUGGACGUUUAAUACAGAGGUUUGGAAAUUUUAUAAACAAAAAAUAAAUAACAGGUUACAUACCAGAGAAUAUAUAAAUAAGGGAAGAGCUGCUUUCUUAUGCCUUUUAAUUGGUUUUUUUUUUUUUUUAACAAAGUACUUUUUUAUCUUUUGCCCUUGAGCGAAGAAAGAACCCUUUUUGAUCAACCAGCUGCAUUAUUGCUAGGGAAAUUAUGCUAUUCCAAUAAGUGCUCUGCAGGAAAAAAUAUCUUAAUGAUUUUAUAAAUGUCACCUUGGUAUCAUUUAAAAAUAAGUGCAAUAUUUAUAUUGUAUUAUUUGUUUUGUAGCCAUGAAAUUAUAACAUGCAUCAUAUGCACCUUUUCCUGCAUAUGGUCCUGUGCUGCCAGGUUGUUUUAGGCCAUUACUUAUUUUUAGGCACAUCACACAAAAGUAUCCAAAAACAAAGUAUUAACAUUUCUGUGUAUCUCAUGACAAUCGGUUUGGAAUAUAACCAAACACACAAAACUACCCCUCAAUGAAAUCAAACACCAUUUUUCAACUUAAUCAGUUUAUAUUAAACAUGUACAUGUACAGGUUCUCCUUCACUUAGGAAACAGCAGAAAAUGAUAUAGGACAUUUUUGGAUUUGUUACAAGAAUUGUUUACAUUUAUAAUUGCAUUCUUUUUUUAUCCUGUGUGCAAAAUGUUACAGUACUUAUUAAAAAAUAUUUGGGAGGGGGGAUGGUGGAUUUUAGUCAUGGAUAUAUGUCAAGCGCUUUACAC